AUGAAGUUAGACGUCAAGCGCCAGCUCUAUGCUCGCAGUGAGCGAGUCAAGGGCAUUGACUUUCAUCCUCACGAGCCAUGGAUUCUCACAACCCUCUACAGCGGCCACGUCUACAUCUGGUCCCACGAAACCCAACAGAUCGUCAAGACCUUUGAGCUCACCGAUGUCCCUGUUCGCGCCGGUCGAUUCAUCGCCAGGAAAAACUGGAUUGUCUGCGGUUCCGAUGACUUCCAACUACGAGUCUACAACUACAACACUUCCGAGAAGAUCACCUCUUUCGAGGCGCACCCCGAUUACAUUCGAGCGAUUGCAGUCCACCCCACACAGCCUUUCGUGCUGACUGCCUCCGAUGACAUGACCAUCAAGCUCUGGGAUUGGGAGAAGGGAUGGAAGUGUGUACAAGUCUUUGAGGGUCACGGUCACUAUGUCAUGGGUCUGGCCAUCAACCCCAAGGACACAAACACCUUUGCUUCAGCUUGUCUUGACAGAACUGUCAAGAUCUGGAGUCUUGGAUCUUCUACUCCCAACUUCACCCUCGAGGCUCACGAGACAAAGGGUGUUAACCAUGUCGACUACUACCCUCACUCUGAUAAGCCCUACCUCCUUACUACGUCCGACGACCGAACCGUCAAGAUUUGGGAUUACACCACAAAGUCCCUGAUCGCCACCCUUGAAGGACACACCAACAACGUUUCCUUUGCUUGCUACCAUCCCGAAUUGCCAGUCAUCAUUUCCGGUUCCGAGGACGGUACGAUAAGAAUAUGGCACGCCAACACCUACCGAUUCGAGCAAUCCCUCAACUACAGUCUGGAGCGAGCUUGGUGUGUUUCGUAUCAAAAGGGCAAGCAGGGUGUUGCUGUUGGUUUUGAUGAUGGUGCUGUUGUUGUCAAGCUUGGUCGUGAGGAGCCUGCUGUGUCUAUGGAUACAUCUGGCAAGCUUAUUUGGGCCCGACACAACGAGGUUGUCUCUUCUAUUAUCAAGGGAGGAGACGCCUCUAUUAAGGAUAACGAGCCCAUCUCCCUCCCCGUCAAGGAUCUCGGUACCUGCGAAGUCUACCCCCAAACACUCAUCCACUCUCCCAACGGUCGAUUCGUUUCCGUGUGUGGUGAUGGCGAAUACAUCAUCUACACUGCCCUCGCCUGGCGAAACAAGGCUUUCGGUUCAGCACUCGACUUUGUCUGGGCUUCCAAGGAGAACAGCAAUGACUUUGCCAUUCGAGAGUCUGCCAUGAGCGUCAAGAUCUUCAAGAACUUUGUUGAAAAGUCUGGUGGUCUCGAUGUUGGUUUCCAGGCCGAGAAACUCCACGGUGGUGUUCUUCUCGGUGUUACUGGACAAGGUGGUGUUUCAUUCUUUGACUGGAACACUGGUGGUCUUGUCCGAAGAAUUGAAGUCGAGCCCAAGGAGGUUUACUGGUCCGAUAGCGGAGAGCUUGUCACAAUUGCUUGUGAGGAUACCUACUACGUUCUUCGAUUCUCUCGUGAGAACUAUGUCGAGGCUGUUCAGUCUGGACAAGUUGAGGAGGACGGUGUCGAGGCCGCCUUUGAGGUCAUCACAGACAUCAGCGAGUCUGUACGAACUGGUGAAUGGAUCGGCGACUGCUUCAUCUACACCAACAGCACCAACCGACUCAACUACCUCGUCGGUGAUCAAACCUACACCAUCUCCCACUUCGACAAGGCCCAGUACAUCCUGGGUUACAUUCAGCGCGACUCCCGAAUCUACCUUGCCGACAAGGAUGUCAACGUUACUUCUUUCGGUCUUUCUCUCCCAGUUCUCGAGUACCAGACUCUUGUUCUCCGAGAGGAUAUGGAGACAGCUGCUGAACUCCUACCAACCAUUCCCAGCGACCAGCUCAACAAGAUUGCUCGAUUCUUGGAAGGACAAGGUCACAAGGAGCUUGCGUUGGAGGUUGCCACAGAUCCUGAGCACAAGUUUGAUCUUGCCCUAGCAUUGAAUGAGCUUGCUAUUGCUCUGGAUCUCGCUCGUGAGGCUAAUGCUGAUCACAAGUGGAAGACUGUUGGUGACGCUGCUCUAUCAGCUUGGGAUGUUACCCUUGCUGCUGAGUGCUUUACUCACGCCAAGGACCUUGGAUCUCUUCUUCUUCUGCACUCAUCAACAGGCGACCGAGAAGGUUUGUCUGCGUUGGCCGCCCAAGCCCAAGAGGCUGGAUCUCACAACGUCGCCUUCCAAUGCCAAUGGCUCCUCGGCAACGUCGAGGCUUGCACAAAGAUCCUUACUGAGACCGGCCGUCUCCCCGAAGCCGUUCUCUUCAGCCAAACCUACCAGCCCAGUCUCACUGUGCCAGUAGUGAACCAGUGGAAAGAGAAUCUCGAGAAGAACAAGAAGGCCAGAGUAGCCAAGCUCAUCGGAGUACCCGGUGAAGAUGAGGAUCUCUUCCCUGAGUGGGAUGAGUGGCUGCAACUCGAGAAGGAGGGUGGUGCUGCUGUGCCUGAGACAACGGCUGUUAAUGGAAAGAAGGAGGAGGCUGUUUCUGAACCUGAGGUUGAGGAUGAGGAGUCUGAGGAGGAUGAUGAGUAA